AUGCCUCCCAAAAAUAUGUACACUGCAAGGUUGCGGGAUCUUUGCUAUCCCCGGUGCUCAGGACUUCAAGUACUUCCCCCAUCUAAGAACUGGAAGUCAUUGUGCAGACAGACUAAAAUUUCCCAGGUAGCCGCAAUUAGAUCGUCUAUCUCGUCGCAACGUACUAUAUGCACAACAUCUACUGCGCCCUAUCAGGACUCCACUCCCUGCUCAGUGUUUUUCGUUCCCGCGACCCUCGCAAACUGUCGCUAUGGUCAACGUCACCCGCGGACUGCUACUGCAUUCCCCAGCCCUUGUUUACAGACUCGCAGGGCUUCUUCGCGAUUAUCCCGAGUGAUCAUGCCCCGUCCCGGUACCACUGCUGAGACAUACGUGGCGUAUGGAAUGACACAAAAGCUUUUUGAGGCCUGCUCUAGUCAGGCAGAUUACAGUAUACCUCAGGCGUCUCAAAAGGGGGCCCAAGUCCCUAAAACUGAAGCCGGUGAAGAUCUCGGAGUUGGGGAAGGAUGGUGGUAUGAAGACCUUGGCCUCAUACCAACUUUCUCAACUUGGUCUCAAAUUACAUUUUUGCACAUGUACCUUCUAACUGUCCGCCUACGAGUCUUGCCGUCGUACGAAAGCUUUCAGACUUAUUCCCGACAUCUGAUCGACCACUUCUCGCAUAAUGCUGAGCAUCGCAUGGACGUCCUACAUGGGUUCACUAGUCGUACAAUCCGGAACAAGUUUCUCAAGGAUCUCUUCAUCCAGUGGAGAGGUGUUCUUGCGGCCUAUGAUGAGGGCCUUGUUAAAGGAGACGCCGUGCUAGGUGCCGCUAUCUGGAGAAAUUUAUGGAAAGCAAACCAUACCGGACCAGAUGGGAAGGAGCUCGACUGGACGAAAAUAGCUCGGGUCGUUGCAUAUAUGCGGCGAGUAACUUCGGAGCUUUCUCAGGUAAGCGAGGCGGAUCUCGUCUUUCAACUACACCAGCAAACUGGCGAUAAACCCGGCAUUUUCGGAUACUCUGAAUUCGAUAAAAAGCUAGUCCAAGGCAAAUGA